AGAGAGAGAGAGAGAGAGAGAGAGAGAGAGAGAGAGAGAGAUAGAUAGAGAGAGAGAGAGAGAGAGAGAAGAUGUGGUCGUUUUACGCUUUUGCGUUGCCGGUAACGUUAGCGAUGGUGGUGGUGACGUUGCACCACUUUGCGUCGUCGCAAGUGGACCGCGUUGCGAGAUUCACGGUGGGAUAUGCCUGGUUCGUCUCGCUGUCCAUUGUCAUACUCGUGCCGAUCGACGUAUCCUCGACACUUUCUGGGGAUCCACAAACAAUGGCUUCCACAGCCAAACAUGUCAGCUGGAUGUGGAGUUGGGCAUACUGGAGCACUCAAUUUCUUACUUGGGCCAUCAUUCCCAUUCACCAAGGGUAUGCGGACGCUGGAGACUUCACUGUCUUGGCACGAUUGAAGACGAGCUUACGCGACAAUCUUCUGUUUUAUGGAAUAAUGGGGGCGCUUGGGAUAGUUGGGUUGAUUGGUCUUCUCGCAGCUGGCAAGUUCAAAUGGGAUGCCAUUAUGGGGUUUGCUAUCGCGGCGUCGAACGCCUUUGGGCUGUUUACGGGAGCAUUCCUGCUGGGCUUCGGGCUUGUGGAGCUGCCACGUGGGCUGUGGAGACAUGCGGAUAUGGCCACUCGGCAACAGUGGCUGAUGCACCGUCUUGGCAGAGUGGCGACGAAGCUUGAUGAGGGUCAUCAAGAGCUCUCGACGGUGAUUGUGGCUACUGAUGAUCCAAGCUUCAAGCCAGCAGGUGGAAGAGUAGGAGAGGAUGACAUGGACUACGAUACAGAUGAGAAGUCGAUGGCUGUGCUGCGGCGUAGACUCCGCAUUGCUGUUGACACCUAUAUGCGCUUGAAAAGUGAAUACACGGCCAUCGUCUGGGAAGCCCUGGAGUUGGAAGACACCAUCAAGAAUAUUGGCCUUGGCCAUGCCGGUGACUGGCAGUUCAUCUCCACUUUGAGACCCCCAAGAACAGGCCGGUUUGCGCAUUUCCUCGAUUCUGCGGAAUGGUUGUGGAGGUGUGCUCUGAGACCAUUAUCUGUACAGCUGUUGGCGAUAAUCCUGGCGGUGAUGUCUAUGGCCAUCAUUUUUGCGGAAGCAACGAUAGUUUCAAAUGGACGACCGGAUCUCUCUCUUUUUUCAAUACUCAUUCGCAGCGCUAAAAAUAGCGGUGAGCUCAUCAUACAGGUUCUGACGUCUGUACCCCUGGUGUAUAUUUGCGUUUGUACGUACUACUCGGUCUUCAGACUUGGAAUGUUCAGCUUUUACUACCUAGUUCCCAAAAACACGGAUCCGUACAGCCUCCUGCUGAACGCCUCCCUGUGCUGUCGGUUCAUUGCACCGAUGUCUUACAAUUUUCUCAAUCUUAUCCAUGUGGGAGACACCACGUUUGCAAAGAGAAUGGGGCAAAUGGAUAACAUACCCUUCUUUGGGAGGGAAUUCAACAAAGUAGUGCCCAUUGCGAUGGUGAUCUAUACGGUGCUUGUUGCAGGAAACGUUUUCAACCGGAUUGUUGAUUUCUUUGGGAGCUGGAGACGGUUUCGCUUUGUUGAUGAUGAUAAUGAAACCGAUGGGUAUGCUGCUGCUGGGCGUCUGAUCAUCCAAAAAGAACGCUCAGGCCUGGAGCGUGGGCAAGGAGUUGGCGAGUCUGUGAUUUCACUCUCUCGCAAUGUUGGUGCAGGGGGCUCUGAGACUGGGGUUGAAGACUCUAGAAAGGAGGCUGACGAUUCUUCGCAGCAGUCAUCAGGGGCAUCUUCGCAAAAAGCAGGCACGCCUUCGUCGGGGUCGUUGCUGCGGGAAGCAAUUGCAAACAAGUAUUAUGUACAAAAGAAGGAAGGAAGAGGAGGAGAGAGGGACGGACGUACCUCGAGAUUUCCAAACACUGUGGCGGAGAGAGAGGCUCGCAGGGACAGCUGGGAACCGCCAUUACUUCCUCCGAGACCGAAAACGGCACAGAAUUUACUGUCAUCACAUGAAUCAGGGCUUCGCAUGUCUGACGAUCGUCAUCUAGGUAGAGGGGAAGAUGGAGGAUUAGGGGGGGCAGGAGGGGGGCCAGUGGAAGGAGUUAAAGAUGAUGUUUCGGUCAAGAUAUCCUCUAAGUGGAACUCUGUGAAAGCUGAGUUUAGCAGCAUGGCCCUCAAGUUCCCAAAACUGGGACUGAAGGGUUCCGGGGAUGUGACUCCUGGAGAUAGUUUUUUGCCGACACGAGCUUUGUUCGACAAAGUGAUUGUAGUCCCUCACUCCUCUCCACCCUUGACGGGCGAGGAGAGGCAGAGCGGGACUCUUUGUUCGGCGCCAGGAUGGGAAGAUGUGACGACGACGACAGCAAGCUGCCUGGCAUGAGACGAAGAGUGGACGUAUAAGAAGCCGUAUGGCCGAGGGGGACUUUUUAUUGCAGCCGUUCAUGAAGGAAAGAAACUGCACUGUUUUCUGUGGCGUAGGCACUGCCAGACAGCGCGAUAGCUCCCAAGGCGACUCGACUGCUACGCCUUUCGUGGACAUGGACACAUUGAGCAAGGCGACUGUUAAGAGGACCGCGAGCCGCCGGGCAUGCCCCCUUGGCAUGCGACAAAGAAUCGAUGUAUAAGAUCUUUACGGGAGGCCUUUGUGAAGGCAGGCACUGCGAGACAGCAAUAUAUAUAUAUAUAUAUCCGAAGGCGACUGCUAGGCCUUUCGUGCAUGGAAAUAUUGAGCAAGGAGAGGCAUGCCUUCUGCUGUUUGUCUUCCAUCAGCGGGGUAUCGUCUAUUCAAGGUAAGAUCAAAGGCAACAUGCCCUUAAUCAAGAUGGGAACUCUAC